ACCGAAGACGGGUUAGGAAGACCGAAGACUCGUCUUCCCACCCGAGUGAUCGCAGCCCAUUCGCUUGCGCGCCAAGAAAACACAAAACAUAGCCCAUAGGCAUAGCAUUCAGAAGCUUCACAAGUAUGGCGAACAUGGCGACUGCAACGAGACGGCUAGCUAGGACUGCCCAGAUUUAUCGCAUAAUUGCAUCAUCUAAAACCCUAAUUCCUUGUGAUGAUCCGUCUCGUCAUCUUCCCCGCCAUUUCAAUCCUAUUGCAGGUCCAUCUAUACAUCACAUAAGCAGUCACACAUCUAAAGUUCAGAAUCUGAAAACAGUGCCUGAGGAUGUUGCUGGCUUAUUUACCAUUCCAACCAUUUUAGCUGGGUUGUUUGGAGCUGGAUUAUUAAAUGUAGCCCAUGCAGAUGGGGACAAGGGCCCUGUUGAAGCUCCUUUGCCUUCAGAAACUCCAAGUCUUGAAGUCUUGGAAGAAAUUGCUAAGAAAGAUAGAGACCGUUUAGAAAAGUUACUUCAAAGUAAAGGAAUGCAAUAUGGUUCUUCUUGUCCACGGUUCAUCGUUGCUGUUAAAGGACAAAAGAUAACUAUCAAAUUCCAAAUUCCUCCUACGUGUGAGGUCCCACUCUUAAUUGCCAACCUUGUUUCAAGUCUCGGAUUGAAAGUAGAAGAGCAUGGUGCUGGAUUUGACAUGAAAUUGAGGGCUUGCGAUAGUGCAGUUGCUUGGCAACUUACACUGAGUCCUCCAUUGUCUGGAAAUAAGAUUGGCAAUGACAAGGGACAAAGAGAAGAUGCAAGUGCAAAUGAAGGGGAUUUGUGCAUUCUCCUGUUUCGUUCAUUAAUUAGCUUGGAUAAACCGGAAAUAGAAUUCAUAAAACGGGGGAGCUUUAGUUCUAAAGAACUUGAUGCCCUGGCAUCUGCUUUACAGUUAGCAGGACAAACCUUGGGCAGAAGGUCAACGUCAACAGGGGGAAAUGCUUCCCAGAAAUCUUCUACUGAGAAAUCGGUUGCCAGUUUGGAGGCUAUGGGAGUCAUAAUUUAUGGACUUAAUGAAGCCAAGUAUGAUCACUCAAGCAGUGAGGUUUCAUGGGGAAAUAUUGUUGGAUAUCAUCAGCAAAAACGGGAUAUUGAAGACACUAUACUAUUAGCAUUGCGGUGUCCUGAAGUUUAUAAUGACAUUGCACGUGGGACCCGGAAUAAAUUUGAGACAAACAGACCCCGAGCUGUGCUAUUUGAAGGACCUCCAGGUACUGGAAAGACAUCUUGUGCUCGUGUAAUUGCUGAUCAAGCGGGUGUUCCUUUGCUGUAUGUGCCACUGGAAGUCCUCCUUUCAAAGUAUUAUGGCGAGAGUGAACGAUCUUUGGGAAAAGUUUUUUCACUUGCCAAUGACAUCCCUAAUGGGGCAAUCAUUUUUCUAGAUGAGGUUGAUUCUUUUGCUACUAGCCGUGAUAACGAAAUGCAUGAAGCAACUCGCAGAAUGCUGUCAGUGAUAUUAAGACAGAUUGAUGGGUUUGAACAGGACAAGAAGGUGGUUGUGAUUGCUGCCACUAACAGGAAACAAGACCUUGAUCCAGCAUUUCUUAGUCGGUUUGAUUCCAUGAUUGACUUUGGACUACCCGAUGAACAGACCCGUCAGGAAAUAGUAGCGCAGUAUGCCAAACAAUUGACAAAAACUGAUAUAAUUGAAUUUUCUAAAUUAACUGAAGGAUUUUCUGGGCGAGAUAUUAAAGAUGUGUGUCAACAAGCAGAACGGCGCUGGGCAUCCAAGAUUAUUCGAGGCCAAGUAUCCAAAGAUGGAGAAAAUUGGCAAUUGCCGCCUAUUGAAGAAUACGUGGAGGGCGCCGUUGAUAGGCAGAGAGCUGUUGGUGCCGUCACAGGCCAAAGUGAGCCGUUUAUUAUAGGAAGGGGACGGGAAGAGGAACAGGAUGAUGUUAAAGGAGAUACAGUUUAAUGUCUGUUGUUCUACUUUAGUAAAUCAAUUGUUAACCCCACCCACCCAUACUCUGUUAUACUAAAAUCAAAACAAAACAAACCCAAACAGCCAUACUAGGUAGAUCAUAAUAGGACUCAGUCCCAUGCCAGAUGAGUGUUUAUUUCUUCUUCUUCUUCAACAUGCAUUAAACAAUGUAUCCAAUCAUGUUUCUUUUUAGUUCUUUUUAGAGAAUUUGGAAUUG